AUGAAUACAAACUAGUAUGAAAAAAUGAUUCAUAAGGAUAAUUAUUUUGUAACUACAAACAGACAUUCUUACAAAGAAUUAGAUUUGAGUGCUACCAAACAAAUUAUUCAUAAUGAUAAGCAGAAGUUAAUUAGGAUUCAAUAAAAUAGUGAUUCAGAUAUAUUUAAAUCAAUAUAUUAAGUUGAUUUUUAUAAGUAAAAGAAACAGAAGCUCAAACCUCAAGUUUUAAAGAAAAAAAGUGAGAAGGUUAGCUUCUAAGACUUAAAAGAAAUAGAGAUUUAAAAUGAAAUAAAAUUAAAAUAGUCUAAGUCCUAAAAAAGAAUAAACCCAUGCUAGUAAAUUCAAAAGAGUGUAUACUAAUUAUCUUAUAAAUAAAGAUCUCUAAGCUCUUCUUCAAUAUCAAGCGAUUCAGAGUAUGAAGCAGUUAAAAAUAAAAAGCCAAGCUCUAAUUUAACUAACACUUAAUAGAUUAAAAGACCAAGUCAAUUAAGAAAAAGCAUCCUUAUAAACUAAACUAAUAAAAAUAUAAUUGAAAAAACAUUAUUUAAAAAUCGUUAUUGA